GGUAUAGGGUACAAAGUAGGCCUGUUAACCUCUUCAGCCACACCGGGUCAUCGACGGUUUGCUUUUGUCGUAUAUAAUCUUCCCAGAGGGGGAGAUCCGCUCAUAACUUCACAGCACACACCAGGAUUUGGACGCGCACACUACGAUAGAACAGUUAUCGGAAAAGAAAACGAACACCUAAUAAAUUAUAGGUACAUUCUUUGGCUGAUCCUUUUCAUUUUUCUGCUCACCACCAGGGACUUCGAGAAUUUCCAGAACCAGAUCACGUGAUGUCUUCCAGCAGCCAACAAUUCGCGGGGAAAUCUGUGAUCGUGACGGGCUCUAGCGCGGGCAUAGGGGAGUCCACGGCCGUACUGUUGGCUCAACAAGGAGCUAGCGUCACUCUACACGGGCGAGACAGCGGCAGACUACAGAACGUUCUGGAGAAAUGCCAGAAGGCGAGCGGCGGGAAGCACCCAGAAAGGUUCAUUACGGUCGUGGGCGACGUCGCGGACAAAUCUGUGAGAACCAAACUCGUGGAGGAUACGGUAAAAGCCUUCGGGAAGCUGGACAUUCUUGUCGCCAACGCAGGGAUCUGCCCCACGACUUCUAUAGCGACCGAUUCCGAGGAAGAUUACGAUCGCGUUAUGGACACCAAUCUCAAGUCUGUUUACUUCCUCGUCCAGGCGUCGCUGCCUUUGUUGGAGAAGUCUAAGGGCAAUAUCGUCUGUGUCUCGUCCAUGAUCACAACCAAGGUCAGCAUGAGUCUAGAACUGUACGGGCUGAGCAAAGCCGGGAUGGACCAAUUAGUUCGGACCCUCGCAUACUCGCAGGGGAUGAAAGGUAUCCGAGUGAACGGCGUGAACCCCACGGUGACCUCGACCCUCAUCUUCAGCCGGAGCGGUGACAAGUGGGCAGAGAGGGAGGACGCCGUGAAGACUCUGUGCAGCAAGAUCCCUCUCCAUGGCCGGGCCUGCACGCCAGAGGAAGUGGCCCAGACCAUCGCCUUUCUCGCCAGCGACAGCGCCGGCUUUGUCACGGGCCAGAAUGUUCUAGUCGACGGAGGAUUGACCUUGGGGACUCGACCUUGAGAAAACGCUGUUAUAGUAGUGAUAUGAUGAUAUAUAUAUAUUUUUAAAAAAAAUAUUUUUAUUUACGUACGUAAUGUUGG